CUGAGCUUUCCAAUGAAGAAGCUAGGAAAAAGUUACGAGAGAAAUAGAGAGAGAGAGAGAGAGAGAGAGAGAGAGAGAGAGAGAGAGAGAGAGAGAGAGAGAGAGAGAGAGAGAGAGAGAGAGAGAGAGAGAGAGAGAGAGAGAGAGAGAGAGAGAGAGAGAGAGACUAGAAGAGAGGGAUACAAGGAGGGGGUUGUACCCUCUACAGUAGGUUUCAGUAACACCUACCAAGCCUACCAAUAAUAUAUCAAAGAUAUAAUUUAA